CGUCCCGCCGCCGCUCAUUGCCGCCGCUUCUGCCGUCGUCACCGUCGCCUCCGCCGCCGCCGCCGCCGCCGCCGUCGCCGGAGCUGCAGUUUCGACCGACGACCAGACGGUUUUGUUCGUCUCGGCCAGGCGACUCCAACGCCGCAGAGAUCGCCGCCAUCGGAGUUCUCACGCGCCUCCACGCGCCGCCGCAAGCUCCGGCAGCCGCCACCUCUCCGCCGCGCGUGACGGCGCGUCGCCGGUCGUUUUCUGCGCCGAUCAACUUCGCCUGAAUCGCCUUCUUGAGCUCUUUCUGAAUCUGUGGUUGUUGUUUCAAUCGGAGCACCUUGAAUUUUUAGGGUUUCUCCCUCUAUGGCUUCUUCCGCUGCCAAUUCGGGUGUGUCAUCUUCAAGCACUCCGCUGUCUGAACCCUCUGUUUAUACCAACUACGUCAAUGUGCAUUUAUCCAUUGACAAGUUGGAUGGCACAAAUUACGCGACAUGGGCAUCCGAUAUCAAACUUUGGCUCAAGAGUCAAGGAUAUGAAGAUCAUCUCACCCAGAGUGUAACUACAGUUGCUGCAGAUGAAGUUUCCCGCUGGACGAAAAUUGAUGCCCAAUUAUGCAUCGUCAUUAAGUCCACCAUUAACUCUUCGCUGAAACAAAUGUUUCGUUCAUAUGAAACAUGUUCAGACGUUUGGGCACAGGCCAAGUUGUUAUACACCAAUGACACUCAGCGUCUUUAUGGUGUUUGUCAGGAUCUUUUCAAAGUUGUUGCUCCGCAAAGUCCUGGACCCAUGGCUGAAUAUUUGGGCAAAAUUCAUGCCCUUCUGCAUGAGUUUAAUGAGUUAUUGCCUCCGGCCUCCACUCCAGCUGAAGAACUUGAGCAACGGUCAAAGUUCUUUAUGUUGUUGGCAUUACAUGGUCUUUCUGAUGAAUAUUCCCAUGUUCGCGACCAGAUUUUGGGGUCUCCUGUUGUGCCCAACUUCACUGCUACUAGUUCUGCCCUUUUACGUGUGCCAAGAAAACAAAUCAUUGAUACAUCUACUUGUGCUGAUGAUUCAUCAGUCUUGGUCUCUCAGCGGGAUGAUCGCAAUCGUUCUCGCAAGCCGGGAAAGGGACGACCCAAGUGUGACCAUUGUGGCAAAUUAGGCCACAAGAUUGACAAAUGUUAUGCUCUACAUGGACGUCCUCCUCGGUCUGCUGCAGUAGUUCACUCUGAUCCUCCUCCCCGCAGGGCACCCUGCCAUUUUCAACGACUUUCUCAAAUGGUAUGAGGAACGUCAGAGUUCUAGUUCCACUACAUCUGCCUCUGUUGCACGCACAGGUACAUCAUUCGUUGGCCUGACUCACUCUGAUUCUCUUGGUCCUUGGGUUCUUGACUCAGGCGCCACAGACCAUAUUACUGGACCGGAGUUCGAGACACAUGAUUGGCACCGGAUGUGAGUCUCAUGGUCUGUAUCAUCUUCGUCCUCCUUCACAUGUUGGCGCAGCUAUGGAAUCACCAUCCCUUCUUCAUGCACAAUUUGGUCAUCCCAGCCUUGCCAAACUGCAACAACUUGUCCCCAACUUGUCCAAGUUAUCUAGUUUGUCGUGUGAGUCUUGUCAAUUAGGAAAGCAUAGUCGUAGUUCGUUUCCUUGUAGUGUCUCACAAUGAGCUUUGUCCCCUUUUGCAUUAGUUCAUUCGGACAUUUGGGGACCUAGUCGUGUUAAGUCUACUUUAGGUUUUCAGUAUUUUGUUACUUUUAUUGAUGAUUAUUCAAGAUGUACUUGGUUAUAUUUAAUGAAAAAUCGUUCUGAGUUGUUCUCUAUUUUUCAAUCAUUCUUUCAUGAAAUUAAAACACAGUUUGGGGUUUCUAUUCGAAAUUUGCGGAGUGAUAAUGGUCGUGAAUAUCUCUCUCAAUCCUUCAAACAUUUUAUGGCUUCUCAGGGCAUUCUUCAUCAAACAUCAUGCGCUUAUACACCCCAACAAAAUGGAGUGGCUGAGCGCAAGAAUAGGCACCUUAUUGAAACAACUCGCACUCUUUUAAUUCAUGGUGCAGUUCCUUCACAUUUUUGGGGUGAUGCGGUUCUUACUGCUUGUUAUCUUAUUAAUCGCAUGCCUUCUUCAGUCUUGCAUAACCAAGUUCCUCAUUCUAUUUUAUUUCCUCACGACCCUCUUCACCCUUUACCUCUUAAAGUCUUUGGGUCCACAUGUUUUGUUCAUGAUUUUAGUCCUGGCUUGGAUAAGUUGUCUCCGAGAGCCCACAAAUGUGUCUUCUUAGGAUUCCCCCGCUCACAAAAAGGGUAUAAGUGUUUCUCUCCUUCCCUCAACCGUCAUUUUAUCUCCGCUGAUGUCACCUUUGACGAGUCUUCUUUUUACUUCACACACCCC